AUGGCGGCCGGAACAGCGGGCCGGGCUGCCCGCGCGCAGGACGAAAACAUUGAUCCGACAGAUGCGGCGCUGUGGGGGCUCGACGCGCAGUCCUGGCUCCCGUCCGACCUCACAGCUGCGCACAUCAAGACGAGCGGACGCGCCGCGGUCCGCGUGGAAGACCCGGACACAGGGGCGUCCCAAACGUUCCAGGUCGGUCUGUCCGCGAUGCUUCAACACAUGCGGUACUUCCAGGAUCACCUGCCUCCGCCCGAAACGAUGGCGAAAGGGAUCCCCAUCGACAUCACCGUGUUCUGCGACGUCAAGAUAUUCGCGUGGCUCCUGAAGUGGGUGACCGCGAGGACGGGCGACCCGCACUCCCGCACCCUGCCCUCGCGCAAGGAAACCGACUCGGGCGACGGCUCGCCGCCGCGGCUCACCGUGCCGAUCUGCAUCCCCGUCCUGAUCUCGUCCCACUUCCUGAAGAUGCACGAGCUGGCCAGGGAGGCUGCGUCCUUCGCGGCGGAGCGCCUCCCGGAGGUGGCACUGUUGGGGCUGGACCUCACCGGCCUCGAACCGCCCUUGCUCGGCAUGCUCGCGUCCUUCGCCGACGAACGCGCGCUCGAGGCGACGUGGGCUGCGGCACAGGACCCCCAGCGCAUCGCCGCGGGGCUGGUGCGCCACCAACCGCCGCGCAGAGCGGCCGCGCAGCAGGGCAGCAGCGGGGCGACCGUCAUGGCCGCCGUGCGCGACAAGAUCCCGCAGGGCGACAUCCAGCAGCACUGCCAGACUAUCCGGAGCCUCGUCCAGAAAUUCUACAGUCACAAGGUCCGCCGGGCCGUCGCGGACUGGGGCCCGGGCCUGGCGAUGUGCGAGGCGUGCAGCGAGGUCUUCCCCCUCUCGCACGCGCCCCUCCUGGAGUGCAAGGCAGCGCGCAUGGCCGUGGCGUUCCGCGGGCAGGCCGAGCUGCGGCACGCCGCCAAGGACGGCUGGCACGUGCAGCAGCACGUCGACAAGCUCCGCUCCAAGGGCCUCACGUGGCGGCAGGUGUACUGGGAGCUGUGGGGGUCGCGUCACGCCCUCCCCUGCGCCCGCUGCGGCAGCGCGUUCACGCUAGGGACCGGGUUCGAGUGCCCGGGCGCCGCGUCCGACUCGGCGGGGGGGUUCCACACGCUCCCGCGCGCGAGCAGCGGCAACGAGAAGAGCCUGCGCAGGUCGCACGUGCCGCCCCGGUGCACGUGCCCCGCGAGCGCAUGCCGCGGCUGCCAGCCCGACCACGGCGUGUUCCCGCAGCUCGCGAGGGUCGAGCAGCUCGCCCGGGCACUCAGCGCGCUCCCCGGCCGCGGCCCGCUCGCGUGGGCGCCGCCGCAGCACGCGCCACCCACGUCAGGCCCCGAUCAGUCGGACCCAGGGUGGGGGCCUGUGUGCCCGCGGGCGCGCCUGGUGGGGUCGAUGCGGCGGCAGGCUGCGCACGCGGGGCGCCGCAUGACUGCGCGGCGCGGGCCCCCGAGGGCCGCGGCGCCGGGGCUCGCGCGCCUGAGCGAGCCGCCCUCGCAGCGCGUGACGGCGACGCAGGACGCGAUACUAGACGCGCUGCAGGCGCACAGGGAGCGCGCGGGCAGCGCAGCGACGCGGCGGGCGGAGUCACAGCACGCACAGCGGAAGCGACGCGGGCCCAAGGCCGGCCGGGGCGGCGGCGGCAACACCGACGGUCUGCUGGACAGCACCAGCGCACUGCAGGCGGACCUGCUCCGCGUGCUGGGCCUCGCGGGGGGCUCCAGCGCGUCGUCGUCGCGGUCCUCGUCGGUGAGCCGCGCGUCGUCGCACGGCAGCCUCGCUGGGUGGGAGGAACCGGACGGGUCGAUGCGCGCGUCGCUGCUGCUGCCGCGCGGAGACAUGGUGAUUGCGCGGGACAUUGUGCGCGAGGACGACGACCGGCGGCUCGCGGUGCUGUCCGCGAUGUUCAGCUUGCGCGACCAGGCGGGCGGCGUGGAGGUGCCGGACGCGCGGUCGCCGCAGCACGGGGCGGGGGGUGCGGAGAGGGAGGGCCGCGGGGGAGGGGGGCGUGGCGGGGGGGCGUCGACGCCGGUGGGGCGGACGGCGAGUCAGGCGAGCUUCGACCUGCCGAAGCUGCCGAUGCGGCCGUCGAGCGUGCGGGCGGGGUCGCGUGGCGCGAGUGCGCUGGCGCGGCGGCCAGGGAGCGCGGGGGCGGAGCUCACGCGGCGGGCGCGGUCCGGGUCGGGCGCGGGGUACGCGGGGUCGGCGCUGCUCGCCCCAGGCGGCGAACGAUAG